CGCCGGCGCGCGCCGCUGUGCUGGGCACCCCGACUCUCACCGGCGCCUGGCUCCGCUUCUUCCUCUGUCCGCCCCUUCCCCUUGGUGGCUCUUCAUUCCUCCAGAGUACGUGUUAACAUUUACUGUGUGCCAGUCACGAGCUAGGUCGUGGGGACCAGAAGUGAGAAAACACGCCGCACCGUGCCCUCGUGGGACUCCCAGGCUGCUGGGGAGAGAGACAUUAGAGACUCUCCGACCUCAAUUUCUGUUAUGAGCUGCUAAGAUCAUGGUGAAAUGUUGCUCGGCCAUUGGAUGUGCUUCUCGCUGUUUGCCCAAUUCCAAGUUAAAAGGACUGACUUUUCACGUAUUCCCCACUGAUGAAAAUAUCAAAAGAAAAUGGGUAUUAGCAAUGAAAAGACUUGAUGUGAACGCUGCAGGCAUUUGGGAGCCUAAAAAAGGAGAUGUGUUGUGUUCAAGGCACUUUAAGAAGACAGAUUUUGACAGAAGUGCUCCAAAUAUUAAACUGAAACCUGGAGUCAUACCUUCUAUCUUUGAUUCCCCAUCUCACUUACAGGGGAAAAGCAAAAAACUUCAUUGUAGGAAAAACUUCACCCUCAAAACCCUUCCAGUCACAAACCACAAUCACCAGCUUGUUGGUGCUUCCUCGUGUAUUGAAGAAUUUCAGUCCCAGUUCAUUUUUGAACAUAGCUACAGUGUAACGGACAGCCCAAAGAAACUUAAACAUAAAUUAGAUCAUGUGAUCAGCGAGCUAGAGGAUACCAAGAAAAGUCUGCGGAAUGUUUUAGACCGAGAAAAACGUUUCCAAAAAUCAUUGAGGAAGACUAUCAGGGAAUUAAAGGAUCAAUGUCUCAUCAGCCAAGAAACAGCAAAUAGACUGGAAGCUUUCUGUUGGGAGUACUGUCAGGAGAGCAUAGAACGAGACUAUAUUUCAUGAAAUAAUUUUAUGUUAUGUUUUAUCUAAAGUUGACAUUGGUUCAGCUUUUUAGAAAAUAAUUGUUAUUUACUAUCAUUAAAUACUAUCCAUCAUUUAUAGUACUUCUUUGGAUUCUCUGCAACAUUAUGCAUUAUAUAUAGUUGUUAUCCAAGGACUUUUUUUUGGAAGACAUGCAGAAACUUGUGCUAGUUAUCAUGUUUUUGUGUGACCUGUGACAAUUAUGUUUUUAUAGACCUAAACUAGUUCCAGGUUACUAUUGUAAGAUGUUAAAAGAUCAAAAAAAUUCCUCCUAAGGAAAUGAGAUCAAAUCAGCCAUGUUAAGCUGUAGUAGUAGGAAUUAAACACUUUUCAGCAGCAUCAGAUUUUUUACGUCAAAGGAGUACUUUGAUUAUUAUUUACUUAGGUGUUCUUUAUUGUAAAUUUGUUGAAUUGUUCUUUAAGCAUAUCUUACUAUAAAGCAAAAUUUACUUAUAACACAUGUCAAUCUUGGAUCCAAUCCAAGAUGCUUUCGUUAUCAGUAAUACCAAAAGAUCUUGUUAUAAGACAUCCCAUGGUACUGACCCUGAGAACAGCAUAUGGUACAGCUCUUUUGGCUUUUAAAGUUGCCCAGAGGCAAGUUAAGAAGACCCUGACAAGGUCUCAGUUUUUCAGUACAGUACAUUAUUCUUUCUCACUAGGAGCACUUUGAUCUAAACCUGCAUAGCUUUAAAAUUUUUAGAAAGGGUCAUAAAUCUGACUUUUUAAAUAGCUAGUUACUCUGACAGUUCUUCUGAACAUUUUGUUUUAUGACUGUUACUUCAUCAUAAAGGUGUAUCUUCAAAAUCUGAGUGCCAGUACUAAAUGAAUAUUUUUAAUGCUGUUCUGAAUGUUACAGAAAGUAAUAUUGCUGACAUUUUAAAAAUAUAAAAUAAGAAGAAACCAUUAAAAAAUAAUGAUGUGGCUCUUCCAGUUGAAAUAGGAAUUGGAGAAGGAGUAACAAUAUUUUCCUUUAAUUAGAAGAGUAGAUUACCAUCCAAGAGCUUUUAUUUAGAGAAAUAGGUAAGAAAAACAGCAGCUUUAGAAUAGUUUCUUACUGGAUAUACAGAUAAUAACUCGACUAUUUUCUGAUUAAUCCAAAUGUCAGAAAUUUUGGUGUUCUCCCAAUUUCUUAGUGAAAGCAAUUGAAAUUAAGAGUCAUAAAUACUGUGGAUUAGAAUAAAAUUUACUAGCCCAAGGUCAAAUUCUACUUUGAAGCAUAUGUAAAUAUAUGAAUUUCAU